CCGGAUUCCGUUGUUUGAAGCAGGCUGAACUUUACACUCUCGAAACCUACAGAAACAUUUUGGGUUGUGCCAACGAGCUGAAUGUCACCAUGGAGGAGCUACAAAAGUACGCCGCUUUUCCCUCCAAAGAAGUGGUACCCUGUCUCUUCCAAUGCCUAGCAAAAAAAAUGAAUUUCUACACGCCCACCUACGAGUGGAACUUCGACAACUGGGUCAAAGCAUUCGGUCCAAUGCGACAAAAUCGCAAAGCUUCCGAUGUAUGCAAGGUAAGCGCUGAGCAAAUGCAGAACCGCGACAAGUGUGAAUGGAUGUAUGAGGAGUAUAAUUGUUUGGAACGAUUGAACUACAAUACAGACGGUUCAUACCCAUUGGAAACGACGACGCUUAGUGCAGUGAUUGCGAGCAAAAAAACAAAAGAAGUGCAAGUUCAGCAGAAGACCGAAGAAGCGGACGCAAAUUCAUAAAAUAUUAUAUUAUUAUAGAUUCACAUAUACCUGAAUACACAUAAUAUACAUUAAUUUCUAAAUAAUACUGCAGUUCUUUUGCAGUCUACCACAUUUUAUUAAAUAUUUUUUUAUUAUCUUAAUUAAAUGCAUUUCUCAGACAUUUAAA